AUGACAGGAUGGAAUGCCUUGGAGGAAGAGUCACGUGCAGUGGGUGUGGAGCACAAGGUGAAGGAAAUAGAGAGAUUGUUAGAGGAUCCUGCUGUUGGUGUUGUUGCCGUCGUGGGUAUGGGCGGCCUGGGGAAGACAUUCCUUCUGAUGAAUGUCUACGACAGAGUCAAAGACAAUCAGAUAACUUAUUUCCGAGCAGCUGAAAUGAUACAAACUGGGUUGCAUGGCAAAACAUGUUUGAUUGUUCUGGAUGAUGUGUGGAAGAGUAGUGUCGAUGGUAACUUGAUAUCAAGACUCGGUCUUCCCACUGGAAGAAAUAAUCAGUGUAAAAUUUUGGUUACCAGCAGAAGUAGAGAUGUUGCUGCACACAUAAAUGCUUAUGUGUAUGAGAUGCAACUCCUAUCCAAAGAGAACAGCUUGAAGCUGUUUUGCCUUUUUGCAUUUCCGGGUCUUGAGAAAAAUAGGCCGCCUGAGCAUCUGGAGAGCGUGGCAGAUCAAAUUGUAGAAGAAUGCGGGAGGUUGCCACUGGCCGUUAAGACAAUUGCGGCAUCCUUGGCAAGCUGUUCGGACUUGGGGAUGUGGGAGUCAAAACUGAGAAAAUUAAAAGAUGUAGCAGGGGCAGAUGAUUCCACGAUGCAGAUCCUCAAGUUGAGCUACACAUCUCUUCCUCCUUAUCUCAAAGCUUACAGAGUUGGAGCUUGCUACACCGUUCAUGACUUGUUUGUUGAUUUGGUUGUUAAUAUAAGUGAAGAACAUAAGUGUGAAUUUAAUCUUCCAGUGAAAAAAACAAGCUGCCGCAGGUUACUAUUGUCUAAACAGGGUAUAACUACAAAUGCAAUUUUAGAAAGCUCUCUUGACCGCCAACGAUCUCUCCGCACUAUCUCAUUCUCUCACAAUCCAGCUAUUACAAGUAUUCCAAAAUGCUUGUUUGAUCAUCUCAGAGUGCUCCGGAUUGUCGACUUUAGUAGCACUACGAUCUCUACACUACCAAAAUGUGUCGGAAGAUUGAAGCUUCUAAAGGUUCUCAAUUUGUCUCAAACAAAAAUUAGGGAGGUGCCAUAUUGUGUUAGAAGACUCAAGAGUCUUGAGUAUCUUGAUGUUUCUGGAUGCACUAGCAUACAAUGUCUGCCUAACUGGAUAGGUGAACUGAAGUCUCUUUCCCAUCUUGAUAUAAACAACUGCUCUGAAGAACUUUCUAACAGUCAUGUACCCAAAGGAUUAUCAAAUCUCGUGAGUCUGAGGACCCUGAGGUCAGAGGUAUUCCCAUUGUCUAUGGAAGAGAAUCAGUUCUUAAAUGUUAAAGACGUCGGCAAUUUGAUUAAUCUUCAGGAAAUAAGUUUUCGUUUACAAGAUAUAGGUACGUUGAUAAGUGUAAAAGAUGGUAUCCUUGAGGGUCUUGUGAGGAUGAGAGUUCUUCUGGUACAGAAUGACAUUCCUGAAAGGAAGGGUGACAUAGAAGAAUACAAUCUUCCAGCAUUCCCACAGAAAAUGAAUGUUAUGAAAGAUCUUCAACAACUUGGCCUUUGUCGUUUCUCCGUGCCAAGUUGGAUAUGUGAUAUGGUAAAUUUGACAGAACUUUCAUUGCUCGAGUGCACUGGUUAUAUGUCUCUCAAAAACAUGCCCAACCUACAGACAUUGACUUUGAUGGGAGAUUCGAGAUGCAGAGAGUUUCCGAAGAACUUUGGCGAGAGUGGGAGAUUUCCUAAGCUAGUUAGGCUGCGUAUUGCUCAGUUCCCUAUUGUGGAGGAGUUGCCGGCAUUGGAGGUGGGAGCAAUGCAACGUCUUCAACUACUACAUAUAUGUGAUUGUCCGGGGAUGAAAAAAAUUCCAAAGGGACUUGAGCUGCUGACGAGACUAAAGAGGAUAGUUGUUGAUGAGGCAAGUGGUCAGUUAAAGGAAAGUUUAACGGAAGGCAGGGAAGAUUGGAAUAAAAUCAAAGCUAAUAAUUUUAACAUUGAGAUCGAGUUUUUAUAG